UUCAAAGCUGUGAGAGGAGCUACAAUUGUGCUGGAAUGGGCGGACCACAUCAUUGUAUUGCACACCUCUAAAAAAACAGUGCUCUGAUUCAUAAAUAUAAAAAGAUCCUCUGAGGAGGGCACUUUUGUGAUGGCAACUUCACUUCUAGGGGAGGAGCCGAGAUUGGGAUCGACUCCUUUAGCCAUGUUGGCUGCGACGUGUAACAAAAUCGGGAGCCCGAGUCCUUCUCCUUCCUCUAUUUCGGAUAACUCCUCUUCGUUUGGAAAAGGAUUCCACCCGUGGAAACGAGCGACAGCCAGCAGCUGUAGUUUAGGAUCCAGUUUAUCCUCCUUCACGCGGAAUGGUGGUGGUUUAAGCGACUCGUUUGGCACGAACACUUCCACGGGAUCCAGUGCGUUUUCCUUAACUUCUGGUACUUCAUCCAACUCCCACUUCGGAAACGACUACUCGGUUUUCCAGGCGUCCGUUUCCAACAAUUCCCAAGAGCCCAGCCACCAGCCCAUGUUUAUUUCCAAGGUGCACACGUCCGUGGACAGCUUGCAAAGUAUUUACCCGAGAAUGAGCGUGGCGCAUCCGUACGAGUCGUGGUUCAAGUCCUCGCACCCUGGCAUAGCCACUGGAGACGUGGGCACCACGGGCGCGUCCGCGUGGUGGGACGUGGGAGCCGGUUGGAUAGACGUGCAGAAUCCGAACGGUGCCGCGCUCCAGACGUCCCUUCACUCCGGUGGGCUGCAGACUUCUUUACACUCUCCUCUGGGGGGAUACAACUCAGACUACUCGAGUUUAAGUCACUCUGCCUUUAGUACCAGUGCGUCUCCUCACCUACUGACCACCGGUCAGCAUCUCAUGGACGGAUUCAAACCCGUGCUCUCCUCAUACCCGGACUCCAGUCCCUCUCCUCUGGGUGGAGCGGGUGGUUCGAUGCUAACGGGAGGUCCGACGGCCUCGUUGGCGGGGUCUCCGCGUUCUUCUGCGCGGCGCUAUUCAGGUAGAGCGACAUGUGACUGUCCGAACUGUCAAGAGGCGGAAAGGCUCGGUCCAGCUGGCGCGAGCCUCCGCAGAAAGGGUCUUCACAGCUGUCACAUUCCCGGUUGUGGAAAAGUGUACGGUAAAACGUCGCAUCUCAAGGCUCAUUUAAGAUGGCACACUGGAGAGAGGCCGUUUGUGUGUAACUGGUUGUUCUGUGGUAAAAGGUUCACGCGCUCCGAUGAGCUCCAGCGACAUUUACGCACGCACACCGGCGAGAAGCGCUUCGCUUGUCCCGUGUGCAAUAAGAGGUUCAUGCGGAGCGAUCACCUCAGUAAACAUGUCAAAACGCACAGUGCCGGAGGGUCCUCGGGGUCGGGGUCCGGGGCGAGUGGAGGGAAACGAGGGAGCGAUACCGACAGCGAGCACAGUGUGCCCGGUAGCCCCUCGUGCCACUCACCUGACCUGUUGCAACCUCCAGAGUCUGUCCCAACUGCGGGCAUGAACGGCCGUGCAAACUCCCUCGAUUAAUAUCGUUCACAGUGCACCUACAUGAGAUUUCCAAUGAAAAAGACUUGAAUGGACUAAAUAUGUUUGUCGGUGCGUAAAAAGGUUAUUCGUUCGGUAACACUUUAUAAUAACUCGAAAUUAAGUCAUUAACAAACAUUAUGAAAUGGUAAACAAAUUGGUAUUUCAUGCACAAUUUCUAACUAUUUAAAUGUGUGCCUAUCCGCUAAAUAUCUGCAAAGCUUGUUAUAAUGUUUGUUAAGAAUAUUAAUGAAAGACAUUAUAAAGUGUUACCUGGUAUUCCUUGAGAAUAACCACGUGGCCAUUUCACUUGGAUGUUGUAAGAUUGUUAAUCUAAGAUUAAAAUGUAAUUUACAAUGAAGUAAAUCUGUUUUGGAGCAUUAUAAAGGACAUAAUCUGAUAUGUGCGGUUCUGAUGGGUAUUUGUCGAAUAGUCUUAUUUUACUUACUGUUGUUCUGAAACAGAAAAAAAUAUUUACCCAUCAGUGAAGUGGCCUGUCAUUGCUAACAUUUUUUUUUUCUCAAAACCAAACUGUGGCACUUUAUUCAUGAACUCUAGUAAAUCCAACUUGGUAAAUUGCCGUAGUGUUGAACACAUUUCGUUUUGUCAUUUACAAAUUCAUUUCUUUAAUGUUCGAAAAAAAAUUGUCUGUAUAUCGCACACACUGGUCUUUGUCAAAACUACAGACUACAAAUCCUAAGUUUGUAUGAAAUGUACUUAUUUCCUGUUGCUGCAAAAGAAUGUACAUAUUAUAAAUAAAAUAGAUUAGAAUAGAAGGUUAUUCCAUACUGAUGUUAAAAGCUGGGUAAUGUAUUUGUUCAGACACAAAUUUUAAAUAGUAUCUUUAGUUGCAUAUAUUGACUCUAGUAAAUAUCCAAAACUGUACGGGAGUGCUUUUUUGUGAAGAAUAACGUCAUAUUUAUCCAAGAGUUGGACUUGAUUUUUUUGGAGGUCUGUCAUAGACGCACUUUGAAAUGAUUUGUAAGAUUUUAAAUUCAGAAUUCCGUGUUUAGUCACGUUUUCUAAUUUAUGUAAGCAUGCACGUGUAAGGUGAGCGUUUAUUUCACAUCGUUUAUUUGAGAAAUUGGCUCUCUAAUUUAAGCCACUCAAUAAAGUCAACAUGGAUUCAGA